AUGGCCGUAACACUAUACGCGAUCGACGACUACUACCUCACCGCAACGCUGCUCAUCACAAUCACGUACCAGCUCUUCUUCUUCACCAUCGCCUUUGCGCUCCGCUUCGACAAGCUCACGGACUUUGCGGGCGGGACGAACUUUGUGCUGCUUGCCCUCGUUACGCUGUGCUUCAGCGGUGUUACAGAUGUUAGGAACAUCGUAGCCUCCGUCUUCAUGAUCGUCUGGGGCGCCCGCCUAUCCGGCUUCCUCCUCUUCCGCAUCCUCAAGACCGGAAAAGACGACCGCUUCAACGGCAUGCGCGACAAGUUCCUCCCCUUCCUCAGCUUCUGGCUCCUCCAAAUGCUCUGGGUCUGGACCGUCUCCCUGCCCCUCACAAUCCUCAACAGCCCCUCCACCACCUUCCACACCCCGCAGCCGCCCUUCACCACACCCCUCGACAUCCUCGGCAGCAUCCUCUUCCUCGCCGGCCUCGCAACCGAGACCCUCGCCGACACGCAGAAAUACCUCUUCCGCUCCAGCGCGCCCCCCAAAGCCCUCUUCAUCAACAGCGGGCUAUGGCGGUACUCGCGGCACCCCAACUACUUUGGCGAGAUCACUCUGCAUCUCGGCAUCUGGCUUGUCGCUAUCGCGCCGGCAGCGGAGGGCGCGGUGACGGGCAGGGCCGCGGCGGCGCUGUAUGCCAGUGUGGUUGGCCCGCUGGCGCUGGCGGGGCUGCUGCUGUUUGUGAGUGGGGUUGCGCUGCAGGAGCGGCCGGCGGCGCGGAGGAGGUGGGAGAGUGGUGAGGGGUGGGUGGAGUAUGAGGCUUAUUUGAGGAGGACGAGUGUGUUGGUGCCGAUGCCGACGGGGGUGUGGGAGCGGUUGCCGGCGGUGGUGAAGAGGACGGUGGGGUUGGAGUUUCCGAUGUUUGUUUUUGAUCCGGCGACGAUGGCGGGGGAGGGGGAUGGUCGCGCGCUGAGGGCGGGGGACGCGACGUAG